UGACUCAAACACAUAUUCCUUCAGUCAUAUUCCUUCCUUCAGAGGCAUACUAGCUGAGUAGAUAUUACUAACGCCUUUUUUUUAAGGGAGCAGCCUUACACUAACGUCUUGUAGCAUCACCAAUAUACCGCGAAUCAUGGCCUCCUCCUUGUCUCAGCUCGCCUCGUCAUCGGCUGUCUCCGCGUUGUACGCUCGGGUCUCCCCCAAAUCAGCCAAUCAGGCGUCGCCAUCUGUCCGUAGCGUCGGACCAGUUCGCCCCAGAGCCGAAUCAGAGUCAACGACUCCCAUCACACGACCAGGCGCCGUGAGCCGAAGGGACCUGCUGGCCGGAUCCCUGGCAGCUCCUCUGACGCUGACUCUCGCGGGAGCAGCAGUCGCGGAAGGAGAGGCCUCGGACUUAGUGACGUUCGACAAUCCCAAGGAGAAUUACACCUUCCAGGUUCCUGCAGGAUGGGAGCGCAGUGAGGGCAUGGCAGGGGUACGCAAGGUCAUCGCGUUUCACCCGCCGGAUCGCACGGACGCUAAUGUGACCAUUCUCAUCACCCCCCUGGCGGCCGAUUUCACGUCGCUCGGGUCGUUUGGCACUGUGGACGCCUUUGCUGAGACGCUGGUGAACGGGUUGGACCGCAGCUGGCAGCCCAGUCCAGGGCAGAAGGCAGUGCUGCUGGGAGCCAAGUCCGCCAAUGACAAUUACCUGGUGGAGUACACUCUGCAGAAGCCCAACGAGCCCUGCGUUCAUCUCUACUCCGCUGUAGCCACGGGGCAGAAUGUGUGGUACAACAACCUCUACACGUUCACUGGCCAGUACCCCGAAGAGGAAGCAGCUACAUUCAAGCCAACAGUGGACAAGAUUGUGAAGUCCUUCCGAGUGACCCUCAACAAGCAAUGACACGUGGAAGCAAUGCUGUAUCUUGUGUACUGUACUUCUCAAGGGAAUACAAGGAAUGCUUAUACUAUAGGCCAUAUCAGCAGUAUAUCACUUGAUGUAUUUGUGUCCACUAUUUAUCCUUGGUCCAUUAAAGCGAGAAAGGGGGGUUGUGUGGGAU